ACAACAAAACCAGUCUCUUCCCUACUUAUAUUUGCCCAACAUUGAAACUACAAUGAAGCAUUAUGCAGAAGUAGUUGAGCAAUAUAUUGUACCUGCAACGGUGACCACUCAAUUGCUUCAAAUCUUGAAAGCUUCUUUUUGUCUUGAUUCAAGUGACCCUUCAGAACAGUUUUGACCAAAAAAAAAGUGACCCUUCAGAACAAGCAGAAGAAAUCAUGGAUGCAGAAAGGUUACUUCCGGACUGUAGCUCCCAAAAUGGUGUUAAUGCUGAAAAGGGUUCCUCUCCUAAGGUCACAUUUGCAGUAGUUUGCAGCAGCUUUAUUGUUCUCUGCUGUUUUUUCACCUAUGGCUGUGCUUGUGGAUAUUCAUCUCCUGCUGAAUCUGGAAUCAUACAUGACUUGGGCCUUUCUACUGCAGAGUAUUCGACUUUUGGGUCAUUGUUGUUAUUUGGAUCCAUGUUGGGUGCAAUCAUAAGCGGCAAAGUAGCUGACAUCAUUGGUCGAAGAGGCGCAUUAUGGUUUGCUGAACUACUUCUCAUCAUUGGUUGGCUAGCAAUUGCGUUUGCAAAGGGCGUGUGGUGGCUCAUAGUAGGAAGACUGUUGUUGGGAUUCAGCACUGGAGUUCAAACUUAUGUGUCUAUCGUAUAUCUUGCUGAAACCAUACCACCAAAUAAUCGGGGAGGAUUCACAAUGGCAAGUCAGUUCAUGGCAUGUGCGGGCAUCGCUGUGAUGUUUUCCUUCGGGAACAUCAUUCCAUGGCGUUUUCUAGCCUUAAUUGGAACCAUACCGUGUAUCAUACAACUCAUUGGGUUAUUCUUUGUUCCCGAGUCUCCUAGAUGGUUGGCAAAUGUUGGUCGACAAAAAGAGCUAGAAGCAAGUCUUCAAUGGCUUAGAGGUAAGGAAACUGAUAUCUCUCAAGAAGCCGCUGAGAUACAGGACUGCAACCAAUCUCUAUAUAAGCAACCAAUCUCUAGAUUUCAGGAGUUGCUUGAGACGAGAUAUGCCCGUCCAGUCAGUAUUGGAGUUGGACUAUCUUUCCUGCUACCAUGGGGAGGCAGUAAUGGAGUUUUAUUAUACGCAAGCUCGAUAUUUGAUACUGCAGGUUGCAAUGUUGGUAUUGCAACUACGACUAUGUCUUUUAUUCAGAUUCCGUUUUCUGUUUUAGGGGUUCUCUUGAUGGAUAAAUUUGGAAGAAGGCCACUUCUAAUGGUGGAUUUGGCUGGAGCAUGCUUGGGAGGCCUUCUUAUAGGAGUGGGAUUCCUGUUGCAGGAUUUAAAACUGCCGGUGGAUCUCAGUGCAACAACAGUUUUUGUUGGCAUGCAGAUGUUUUUUGCAUUUUAUGCCUUUGGAGCUGGUUUGCCAUUCGUCAUCAUCGCUGAGGUAUUUCCAAUGAACAUAAAGGGCACAGCUGGAAGUUUAGCAGCUUUCAUUAACUAUUUGAACUCGUGGAUUGUCGCCUAUGUCUUUAACUUUUUGUUCAAGUGGAGUUCAGCAGGAGCAUUCUUCAUAUUUUCGAUUAUCUAUGCAUUGCUGAUUCUCUUCGUCCUAAAGAUGUUGCCUGAGACAAAGAAGAAAAGUCUUGAAGAGAUACAGGCACUGUGGACACAAGAAGUCCACUGAUAUUUGCAGGAACUUCUUAUACCAGCAAUGCUGCACAAGUUGUAAGGUGUUGAGAAGCAUGAUACAUAAAGCACUGAUCCCAGAUGUCAAAAAUAAGUUGUUGAAAUGGAAAACUAAAAACCAGAUCAUAAUGGCUUGUUAGGUCCUCUUCUUUUCCAUGAAAUUCUAUGUUUCGACAAUGCCAAUUUUCUCCUUCCAAUUGAUUCCUUACCUUAGCAGCAGCUGGAUUAACAUUUAGCCAUUAUAAGGGCUUGUUGAGUUCUCUUCUUAUCUGUGGAAUUCUAUGUUUCUACAUUGCCAAUCGAUUCUUUA